GGGUGUCACCAAUGUCCUCCAAUACCUAGAAUAUAAAUCCACCCUGCCCGCUCUGCUCUCUGUCAUCCCUGCCUCUCCGCACAGAGAUCUGCAGCUCCUCUGGACAGUGUCAUCAAGCAGCCAUGGCAAAUCUCCUGACGGCUAUUCGCAGGAUCAUAGACACCUUUCACUGUUACAGCAGCCGCACAGCACCCUGUGACAAGCUGGACAUCACUGCAUUUCAGAGCCUCAUUGAGACACAGUUUGCAGAUGUAAUUGAGGAUUCUGGAGACCCACACACAAUUGAAGCAAUACUGCAUGCCCUUGAUCAAAACAAUGACGGUGAAGUGGACUUUAAAGAAUUUCUGGAGCUUGUAGCAAAAGUUGCUGUUGCUUAUUUUGAAGCACUGAGGCCCCAAAAAGGUUGUCGGAUAUGUGCAGCCCAAAAAGGGUUGUUGCUGCAAUCAUCAACAUCAUCAAAAACUUCUGAAUCAACCCAGAAACAAAACAUAACCCAGACACAAGACUCAGUCCAAAAAGAAGAUCCAAACCAAAAACAAGAUGAAACUCAGAAUCCAGACCCCUUAACUCAGAAACAAGAACCCUUAACCCAGAAGCAAGAUCCAAACCAAAAAGGAGAUCCAACUGAGAAAAAAGAUCUAACCAAAAAGCAAGACUCAACCCAUAAACAAGACACAACACAGAAACAAGGUCCAAACCAGAAACAAGACUCAACCCAGAAAUUAGAAUCAACCCAAAAUCAAGAUCCAACUCAGAAACAUGAUCUAACUCAGAAACAAGACUCAACCCAAAAACAGGAACCAACCAGAAAACAAGAAUCAAACAAGAAACAAGACCUAAAUGAAAAGCAAAAUACAACCCAGAAAAAAGAUUCAACCCAGAAACAAGACUGCUCAACUCAAAAACAAGAUCCACCCCAGAAACAAGACUCAACCCAUAAACAUGACUCGACCAAAAAACAAGAUCCAACAAAGAAACAAGACUUAUCCCUGAAACAAGAUGCAACCCAGAAACAAGACUUACCCCAGAAACCAGACUCUACCCAAAAACAAGAUCCAGCCCAGCAAAAUGAUACGACCCAAAAGCAAGAUAAAAUCCAGAAACAAGAAUCAACCCUAAAACGAGAUCCAUCACAAAAGCAUGACACAACCCAAAAACAAGAACCAACCAAAAAACAAGAGACACCUCUGAAACAAGACUCAACCUGGAAACAAAAUCCAAACUGGAAUCAAAAUCCAACCCAGAAACAAGAACCAACUCAGAAACAUGAGCCAAGCGGGAAAGAAGACUUGAUCCAAAAACAGGAUCAAACCCGAAAACAAGAAUCAACCCAGGAACAAGACUCAUCCCAAAAACAAGAACCAACCAAUAAACAAGACCCAAUCCAAAAACAAGAUCAAACCCCAAAACAAGAACCAACCCAGAAACAAGACUUAACCCAAAAACAAGAACCAACUCUAAAACAAAACCAAAUACAGAAAAAAGAUUCAACCCAGAAACAAGAUCCAAACCAAAAACAAGAUCCAACCCAGAAACAAGAACUAAUAAAAAAAGAUCAUACCCCAAAGCAAGAUUCAACCCAGAAACAAGAACUACCUCAGAAACAAGACCCAGCACAGAAACAAGAUUCAUCCCGGAAACAAGAACCAACCCAGAAACAAGACUCAGCCCAAAAAACAGUUCCAACCCAGGUACCAGAUCCAACCCAAAAUCAAAAUUCAUGCCAGAAACAGGACUCAACCCAGUCUCAGGACUCAAAACAGAAACAGGACUCAACACAUAAGAUGGGCUCAACCCAGAAACAUGACUCUACACAGAAAAUGGACUUAAACCAGAAACAGGACUCAACUCAGAAACAGGAGCCAACCCAGACACAAGAUCCAACCCAGAAACAAGAUUCAACCCAGAAAAAAGAUCCAACCCAAAAACAAGACCCAAACCUGAAGCACGACUUAACACAGAAACAGGACUCAAAACAAAAACAAGACUUAACAAAAAAACAAGACCCAACCCAAAAACAAGACUCAAAGCAAAAACAAGAUUCAACCCAGAAAGAAGAUCAUACCCAAAAACAAGACUCAACCCAGAAACGAGACUCAACCCAGAAACAAAACUCAACUCAAAAACAAGACCCUAACCAGAAACUAGACUCAACCCAGAAACAAGACCCAAACCAAAAACAAGUCUCAACCCAAAAACAAGACUCAAAAGAGAAACAAGACCCAACUCAAAAACAAGAACACACCAAGACACAAGACCCAACCCAAAAACAAGACUCAACGCAGAAACAAGACUCAACCCAAAAACAAAACUCAACACAGAAACAAGACCCAACUCAGAAACAGAAACCAACCAAAAAUCAAGACCUAACCCAAAAACAAGAUCCAACCCAAAAACAAGACUCAACGCAUAAACAAGACCCAACCCAGAAACAAGACCCAACCCAAAAACAAGAUCCAACCCAAAAACAAGAUCCAACCCAAAAACAAGACACAACCCAAAAACAAGACUCAACACAGAAACAAGACCCAACUCAGAAACAAGCACCAACCCAGAAACAAGACGCAACCCAAAAACAAGACCCAACCCAAAAACAAGAUCCAACCCAAAAACAAGAUCCAACCCAAAAACAAGACCCAACCCAAAAACAAGAUCCAACCCAAAAACAAGACCCAACCCAAAAACAAGACCCAACUCAGAAACAAGAACCACCUCAGAAACAAGAAUCAACCCAGAAACAAGAAUCAACCCAGAAACAAGACCUAACCCAGAAACAAGACCCAACCCAAAAACAGGACUCAACGCAGAAACAAGACCCAACUCAGAAACAAGAACCAACCCAGAAACAAGACCCAACCCAAAAACAAGACCCAACCCAAAAACAAGAUCCAACCCAAAAACAAGACCCAACCCAAAAACAAGACUCAACGCAGAAAAAAGACCCAACUCAAAAACAUGAACCAACCAAGAAACAAGAACUAACCCAAAAACAAGACCCAACCCAAAAACAAGACCCAGCCCAAAAACAAGACCCAACCCAAAAACAAGACUCAACCCAAAACCAAGACUCAACGCAGAAACAAGACCCAACUCAGAAACAAGACCCAACUCAGAAGCAAGAAUCAACCCAGAAACAAGAACUAACCCGGAAACAAGACUCAAUCCAAAAACAAGACUCUGCGCAGAAACAAGACCCAACUCAGAAACAAGAACCAACCCAGAAACAAGACCCAACCCAAAAACAAGACCUAACCCAAAAACAAGGCUUAAAUCUAAAUCUAGACUCAACGCAGAAACAAGACCCAACUCAGAAGCAAGAAUCAACCCAGAAACAAGAACUAACCCAGAAACAAGACUCAAUCCAAAAACAAGACUCAGCGCAGAAACAAGACCCAACUCAGAAACAAGACCCAACUCAGAAACAAGAACUAACCCUGAAACAAGAAUCAACCCUGAAACAAGAAUCAACCCAGAAACAAGACCGAACCCAAAAACAAGACUCAACCCAAAAACAAGAUCUAUCGCAGAAACAAGACCCAACCCAGAAACAAGAAUCAACGCAGAAACAAGAAUCAACCCAGAAACAAGACCCAACCCAAAAACAAGACUCAGACCAAAAACAAGACCCAGACCAAAAACAAGACUCAGCCCAAAAACAGGACUCAGCCCAAAAACAGGACUCAACCCAAAAACAAGACUCAACCCAGAAACAAGACCCAACUCAGAAACAAGAACCAACCCAAAAACAAGACCCAACCCAAAAAGAGGACCAAACACAAAAAGAUUUAUCUAAAAAGCAAGAGCCAACGCAGAUACUACAAACCACAAGAAAAGAGACUGCUCAACAGCAAAGUGAACUUCAGACACUAGGCCUUGAACAAAAAGAGAGUCAUCAAAAGAUGCAGCAUUUGAUGGACAAACAGGAGACAACACAGAAAACCCAUGAGACUGUAUACAGGCCAUCUCCAGCUUCAGACCACCAGCACCCUCAGAAAUACUAUUCAUACUUUGAACAAACAGCAAGUCAAGGGUUUGAGUUACCCCAUGAUGUGCCCCAAAGUCAAACUACACACAGUAAGAUACACUAUUCUUACAAUACACCACCAGGUGGUCAGCCUCCUCAUCAUGUCUGGGCUUCCAAUCUCUUCAAAGAACAAGACUUAAAAGAAGACAUAUACAAUCAACUGUAUCAAAAGGCUGAGAAACAUUCUGAUCACUGGCAAUGGCAUGAAUCAACUUCAUCCUCCAGCUCUUACCAGAUGCCUCCAGACACACAAUACACACUCCAGCACAUGCAUGUGACCUCGUCAGGGUUGAUGCAUACAGAACAGCAUUCAGCUCCCCAGGGUUCUGCAGCUGCUGUUGGACCUCAAGUGGAACAACAAAACAAAGUUGUGCACACAUCCCAGAAUCCGCUGUACAUGCUCUCUCAGCAGUCUCCAAAACUAAUUAGAGAUCGCAGCAUUGGCCAAAAUACCUCAACAGAGUCAAAGCAGUCAGAUCUUCACCCAGAACCUCCAUUAAAACCAGAGGAUCUCCACCAGCAACCUCAACCUUCUGGAGUAAGCUCAUCAGCACAAAAGAGCUCCACACAGAAGGAUGAAAAACAGAAAUCUUCCCAGAAAGGCUUUAAGUGGCCCUGGCAGUAACCUGCCAAGGAGGUGAAGGCAAAAUCUAAACAUGAUGUUCUUGCUUCUGAGCCCUGCUUCCCCCAUCCACUCAUGAAUAAGCCUGCGAGUCCUGCUUUCCCGGACAACUCAUAGAGAAAGCCCGUGAGUCCUGCUUCCCCCGCCCACUAACAGAGAAAGCCUGAGUCCUGUUUGCCCUGACAACUCAUAGAGAAAGCCUGUGAGUCCUGCUUUCCCUGACAACUCAUAGAGAAAGCCUGUGAG